GUUCUGUGCUAUGUUCUAAUCUAGCAACAGCCGGCAACACCAUUGGUAUCAAAUAUCUCCUGUCCUCAUUCUCAGCUCGGGCAUGAUCAGGAGACGAGAUUGUCUAUCGUCCAUGGAUACCCGAGGAUCCGGGUGUAGUAACCAUGGCAUCAUUCUCUCUAUUCCUAGCUGCACUCAUUGUCAUCACACACGCUAUUUACACACUGUCCAGUUUAGUCAAUAACAUCCGCAAGGCCAAAGCAAUAGGCUUACCGUAUACGCUGACCCCAAUCCAUGAACUCGAGCACUGGGCUUAUAUCACGGACCCGGUCCUCCGCCGGUUCUCUCGAGCAUAUCUGCUGCGAGGGGAAGGGUGGCCGAGAUGGGCUCGUUUCAUGAUUAAGGACUGGCAUUAUGAGGAUAAAGGGCGAGCACAUCGCGAGUAUGGAUCACUGUUCGUCGUGGUCUCACCGGGAGGAUUGAUAUGCUACGUUGCUGACAGCCAUGCGGCGUUGCAAGUCAACACUAAGCGAAGGGCCUUCGUGAAACCCCCUGAUAAAAUGAAAAUGCUUGAACCGUUUGGACCAAAUAUCGGGUCGACAGAUGGAGACAUGUGGAAGGUUCAUUCCAGAGUUGCAUCACCUUCAUUCGAUGAAUAUACUCAAAAGCUGGUCUGGGCCGAGACCCAGCGUCAUACGUCCAUGUUGGUGGCCAUAUGGUCAGCAAACAAUGACUUUGCGUUUGAAAAGAGCGUCUAUAGUUUGACAAUGGAUGUCAUGGGCACUGUUAGUUUCGGUCAGCAAGCUGCGCAGAAUGAUAACAAAGAAGAGCGUCUACCUAAGGUGCAUAGAUUGUCCUUGCUCGGGGCGCUGCGAGGCGUAAUCAUGCAUUUGCCUCACAUCCUGUUAGUUCCAAAAGCUGUGCUACGUUUCACAUGGAACAAGGCCUAUACGGCUUAUUCUGAGUUGGACCAAUACAUGGACGAACUGCUACUCCAAGGGUCGAGAGAUCUUAGUGAGUGUUCUGCCGGCAUGAGGAGCAAGCAAAAUCUAUUGAAAGCAAUCUUGAGAUCGAGUAAGGAGAACGAGAAGAGAGAGCCUGGGACGGUGGGUGCUAAAGUCAGUCUGACUAAUCAAGAGAUCAAAGGCAAUCUCUUCAUUUUCCUGCUCGCAGGGUACGACACGACUGCAAAUACUAUCAUAUAUGCUUGCGUAGUCCUCACAUUGUACCCCAAUAUUCAAAGCAAGAUCCUCGAUGAAGUCAAAGAAUUUCAUGAGAUAGGAGCUAUUGACGCUGCCGAGAAAUCCAGUUCGGAACAUCUUGUCAUGUUUCCAUAUCUCUUGGCUUUUAUGCAUGAAAUUUUGCGAGUAUUUCCUGUCAUCAUACCCAUCGCUCGCCAGACUGUAUCAGCCCAACAAGUAACCAAUAAAUCAGAAUGCAUCGACCACGAAACUGUUACUCUGCCUGGAGGCAUGGAUGUUGUGAUCAAUAACACCGCAAUCCACUUUUCCGAGUCGUACUGGCCAUCGCCCGAUGUUAUAGACCCGCGGAGGUGGCUAGUUCGUGACUCUCGCUCGUUCGACCCAUUAAAACCACUUACAAGUGAGCAAGAACUGGAUUUAGAAAACCCCGUGUUUUCUACUCAGGGUAACGCGAAGGGAACAUUCAUGACAUUUGGGGAGGGCCCAAGGGCAUGUUUGGGACGCAAUUUUGCCAAAGUAGAAUUCGUUGCCUUCUUUUCGACCCUCUUGCAAAAUCACCGUCUAGAGCUUCAGGGCACUUCAAACCCAACACAGGUAGAGCGGGAUUUACGUUUACUUAGUGGUGGGUCUCCUGUCACAUUAAUUCCACCACAUUCCGUAGGAGUUAGAUUAGUUCCCCACGAGAUUUGAAAAUAUAAAGCCACCG